AUGAUUUCCACACAUCCCAAUGGCCACCACGUCGCAGCACUGGAUGCUGCUGUUAUGUGUGAUCCGACCAAGAUCCUCUGUAUCCGUCAAGCAUGCAGCAAGCCCAUCGACAACAUUUCUGGAAGCGGCGGCAGCAGCAGUGACAGGGACACCGACAACUCCGUGUACUGCUCGCCAGCCUGUCUCUACUCUGACGCACUCGAUCGCCACCGCCGCCAGUCAUCAGCACUCGGCAGCCCAUCCUACCUCAACGCAAGCGUCAGGACCGAUGACUCAUUGCAGCUGCAACUGCAGAAGCAGCAGCAGCAGCCACCGUCACCGCCGCACAUCUCCACGUCGCUGCUGAUCCGCCGUGGCAUUGAUCCGUGGGCAGCACCCGACGACAUUGCGCUGCGCCAGAUCGUGGGCCGCAUGCUGGCCGAGGCACUGGCAGUGCAUGUGGCCUCGCCAAGCAAUGCCGAGAACAGCUGGGCGAUCGAGAACGAGGCAUACCGCCUGUCGUACCACAGCGCCUACACAGCCGAUGCCAUGAGCGCCAGCAGGCAGUACUACCAGCACAUAAGCAUGGUGCUUGUAAGCCGCCUUCGUGCUGAGGGUGCCCUGGUCCACCUGCUGGCUGCUGGGCACAUGCCGCCGGAUAUUCUGUGCCGCCACCUGGCGUGCGGGUAG